CACACACUACAGGAGCCUGCUGGACAGCCACAGUGAACCCCACAGCCUCAGUGGAGUGGAUCCUCAUCACUGUCUCCAUCUAUGGGAAACUCUCCAUGUCCGUUGGUGCUCUUGCCUGUGAGCUCUUGGUCGGACCUCUUUUCUGAUCUCGAGGCAGGAGAACGUUGGUGGCAGGAUGAUGAUUGAGCCGCAAAGCACAGAGGAUGGUGGUGGUGGUCGUGGAUGUGGCCACACGGACCUACUGAGCCCGGAGGAGCUGGAGUGUAAGAUCUGCUAUUGGGCGUACAAUCUCAGGAGUCGCAGGCCCAAGCUGCUCGAGUGCUGCCACCGCCUGUGCGCUAAGUGCCUCGCUAAGAUCCUGGAUCUGGGUGAGUCGCCCCCCAACGUGGUAGUGUGCCCGUUCUGCCGCUACAUCACCAGACUUCCCGGGGAGGCCGUGAGCAGUUUGCCAGAUGACUGCAACCUGGUGGCAGCACUGUCUCUCCACAGCAGGAAUCAGAGGAACCUCCAGUUCCACCAGGAGUCGACCACGGAGCUGCUCCUCAGCCCAAGGCGCUUGAACUCGCUGAUGGGCAGCAACGCACCAGUGAUGUCCCCUUCCCCUUCCUCCUCCGCCACUACGUACUCCUCCAUCCGGAGCUCCCCUAACUUUGUCGUCAUCACCAUACUGGAACCUCCGCCAGCCCCUGCCUCAAACCAGGAUCUCCACCAGCAGCCACAUGGAUCACACACAUCAAGCCGGAGCUACCGCUCGUCCAGUCUGGACUCCAUGGCGUCCAUCACGCAGAGGUGGACGGUGUGGAACUGUGCAUCCCUCCUGUGCCAGACAUCCGCCAGGGCACUGGUGUGGGUGCUGGGGCUGCUGUACUUCAGCUCGCUGCCCCUGGGGGUGUACCUGCUCAUCAUGCAGAGGACUUCGCUCGGCGUGCUGCUGCUGAGCCUGGUUCCUGCCAGCCUCGUCAUGAUCAUGGUCUAUGGAUUCUGCCAGUGUAUCUGCCAUGAGUUCUGGGACUGCAUGCCACCAUAAUGGGAGCAGAUGAAUGGGCCAUGGCUGGCUUUGAAUAUGCUUCACAAUAGAUGUCAGGAAUUCACUAAUGGGGAUGUUACUGUGUAACUGGCCAUGUGAGCGUUGACUUCAUUGGCAGGAAAAUUAUCCUUUUUUAUGUGAGAAGAAAGCAACAGAAUCAUGUACAUCACAGAGGAAGCUCACAGUUGUGGGCUUUUCAUUAUUAUAUAUGUUAAUUUGUGCAUUUGUUUAACUUGACAGACUAAUUACCCAGUGGAGCUCACAGAUUUAGCAGAUUCUGGAAGCACCUGCUAAAUAUUAUGCACAAUACUGCUGCAGUGAGAAACUGGCAGAUUGUGUCAGUAAUAUCUGCCUCCGACUCCAGUGGAUCUAAUUUGUUAUCUAACAGUGGUCCUCGUCCUUUUCAGAUUGUGUCACGGCCAUAAUGCGUCAAAUGUGAACUCAACUAUUGCAGAGUCCUGAGAGUUCUUGAAAUCAGCAGCAGGAUGAUCCUGCAAAAAAUGCACCAAAAAGA